AGGAUGCUGUGCUUCUCGCUGCUUCUCUGUGAAUACCUAUUGCUGAACGGUUAUGCUCAUGACGAUGACUGGAUUGACCCCACAGACAUGCUUAAUUAUGAUGCUGCUUCAGGGACAAUGAGGAAAUCUCAGGCGAAAUAUGUUGUAUCAGAGAAAAAGGAUGUCAGUCCUGACUCAUCAAAUGCUGAUGAAUUGUCACAGUGUUAUCUCAGACUUGAUUCUUUAGCUCAUAAGAUUGAUGAGUGUGAAAAGAAAAAGAGAGAAGACUAUGAAAGUCAAAGCAAUCCUGUUUUUAGGAGAUACUUAAAUAAGAUUUUAAUUGAAGCCAGAAAGCUUGGACUUCCUGAUGAAAAUAAAGGUGAAAUGCAUUAUGACGCUGAGAUUAUCCUUAAAAGACAAACCUUACUGGAAAUACAGAAGUUUCUCAACGGAGAAGAAUGGAAAUCAGGAGCCAUGGAUGAUGUGCUAAGUGAUAUUUUAAUUAAUUUUAAGUUUCAUGAUUUUGAAACAUGGAAGUGGCAAUUUGAAGAUUACUUUGGAGUGGAUCCAUAUAACGUGCUAAUGGUACUUCUGUGUCUGCUCUGCAUUGUGGCAUUAGUAGCAACUGAGCUGUGGACAUAUGUUCGCUGGUACACCCAGUUGAGACGAGUUUUCUUCAUCAGUUUUGUCCUCAGUUUUGGAUGGAAUUGGAUUUAUUUAUAUAAG